AUGAACCAAGUCAGUGAGUUGCGGAAGUUUGAGACAUCUAUAAAUUACCAGUUGGACAAAGAUAGACUGAGUAAGUUUUUGCUCUUCCAUGAGGAGGAUGGAGAAUUAACCUAUGUCAAUCGGAUCCGAGAGUCUGAGGGGUGUGUUGAGAUUGACACUGAGGACAUAGCAGUAUACGAUGACAGUGGACUUGUGAGUAGAAUUGAGGGGAAUGCAAUGUCUUAUAUGAACCUGUUGUACACGGUGAUAGACGAGAUUUUGCUUGAGAAUGGAGAAGCUUUUGGUGGAGAAGAGCCGGAAGAUGUCUUUUUCCACCACAGAGUUUCAAGGCUUAAGGAGAGAUUUCCUGAGAAGAAUGUGAUGGAUGUGUUUCCUCCGUUUCUAUUGAGAAGAUACUCUUUGGUGUUGAAGCCGCGGAGAAAUUCCAGGGUGUACUCUGUCCGGGGGCUGAAGUCGAUGCAUAUUGGAUCUCUAGUGAGGGUAAGCGGGGUUGUCACCAAGGCUAGCCAGGUGAAGCCAAGUAUCCGAGUUGCAACAUACAUCUGUGAGAACUGUGGUGCAGAAACGUACCAGCAGGUGGAGGGAGAUGUGUUUGAUCUAUUAGAAGAAUGUGGAAGUGAAAAAUGCAGGAUUAGGAAUGUUCGGGGAACUUUGGUUCUUGUUACAAGAGGGUCGAAGUUUAUUAAGCAUCAAACGGUAUACAUCCAAGAGCUUACGGGGGACAUUCCACGGGGAUGUAUUCCAAGAACCUUGGUAAUGGAGUGUUACUCUUCUCUUGCCGAAAAGUGCAGGCCUGGAGAUGUGGUGGUGGCUGGGGGAGUCUUUAUGCCCAAGCCAUAUCAUGGAAUAAAGAAGUUGAAGGCUGGGUUACUUGCAGAUACUUAUCUCCAUGCAACUAGUAUUGAGAGGGUUGGGACAAGUGCUCCGAAGCUCAGUGGAAAAGUGAAAAAGUAUCCUGUGGAGCAGAUGGUAAGAUCUAUAGCGCCGGAGAUCUUCGGGAUGGAGGAUAUAAAAAAGAUCUUACUUCUGAUGCUUGUAGGAGCACCUGGAAAAGUUCGUUCUGAUGGAAUGAGAAUAAGAGGAGACAUCAACGUAUUACUUGUGGGAGAUCCCGGAAUUGCAAAAAGUCAGCUCUUGAAAACAUGUGUGAAGAUAAGCAGAAGGGGAGUGUACACAACAGGGAAGGGAUCAAGUGGAGUUGGUCUUACGGCAAGUGUCACUAAGGACCAGAUUACUGGAGAGAUGGUUCUUGAAGGAGGAGCUCUAGUACUUGCAGAUGGAGGGAUAUGCUGUAUUGAUGAGCUGGACAAGAUGAACGAGGUGGAUAGAAUCAGCAUCCAUGAGGUUAUGGAACAACAGAGUGUAUCGAUCAGUAAGGCAGGAAUCAACACAAGCUUAAAUGCGAGAUGCUGUGUCCUUGGGGCAGCCAACCCUGUAAGAGGAAAAUACGAUAUAAGGCAGAGCGUUGAAUAUAACAUUGGUCUUCCAUGUGCUCUUCUUUCCAGAUUUGAUGUAGUUGCCAUCCUCCGAGACGAACCUGAUUUGGAAAGAGAUGAAAGCCUUGCCAACCAUAUCACAUCUCUCCAUCUGGAAGAGGAAACCGAGUCUAUUUCUUACGAUGAAAUCCGGCAAGUUAUUGACGAGGCCAAGAGAAUAGACCCUGUCCUUCCACUCCACCUUUCGAACAGGCUAACAGAUGCAUAUGUGAAGGCCAGGAAGGAAAGUCCUUAUGUGACACCCAGAUAUCUCUUGUCAUUGAUAAGAUUAAGCUUGGCACACUGCAGACUCCGUCUUUCAACGGAAGUGGAGGAAGAUGAUAUUAAUGAAGCAUUAAGACUUAUGGAAGUAACAAAAAUUCCUAUUCCAAAGAAAAAGAGAGAAGAGGUUUCCAGUAAGAGGGAGAUAUACAAUCUUAUUCUCUCUCUUGCCAUUGAAGAAGGAAACAAAAGAUAUGUAAAGCUAGCACGUCUUUGGGAGGCUACCAAGAACAAGUACAGUACUAGCGAAGUCGAAGAUGUUAUUUCUGAUUUUGCCUCGUGUGGAAUUUGGAUAAGAAAUAACGAAGAGCUAGUUAUUUUCAAUUAA